UGCCCGAUCACCCAGGAGAUCAUGGAGGAUCCUGUGGUCUGCGCGGACGGCCACUCUUAUGAGCGCGCCGCGAUAACGCAGUGGCUCCUCUCGCGGGACACGUCGCCAGCGACCAACACGUCGCUGCUACACCGCAACGUGGUGCCAAACUAUGCGCUGCGCAACCUCAUG